CAAGUCUAAAGAACUCACCAUAGAGUAUGAGAACUUGGGAGACUACAUUUCCCAGACACCUCCACGGGGCCUACAACUGCGGAGCACCCCUUGGACCACUGACGUCUUCCGGAAACGUGCACGUGCAAGCUGCCCGCAAUACGUCAUGGCGACCAGACGCCUUUUAGGGGCUGCCCGGACAUGGGCCGGCUGGGGGACCCGGGAGCUCCUAGACCCCGCCUCUCCUAGAAGGCUCCUGGUCCGGGAUUAUGCUAAGAAACCAGUUAUGAAGGGGGGCAAAUCCGGAAAAGGUGCAGUGCCCAGUGAGGCCCUCAAGGACCCCGACGUAUGCACAGACCCUGUCCGGCUCACCACAUACGCCAUGGGCGUCAACAUCUACAAGGAAGGGCAGGAUGUACCCCUGAAACCGGAUGCUGAGUACCCUGAAUGGCUGUUCGAGAUGAACUUGGGCCCCCCAAAGACCCUGGAGGAGCUGGAUCCUGAGACCCGGGAGUACUGGCGGCUGCUGCGGAAACAGAACAUCUGGCGCCACAACCGGCUGAGCAAGAACAAGAAGUUGUAGCGUGGUGGGUCCGGCCUCCCCGACCCCAGCCCCCGAGGGCUUGCCGCGUAGCGUGGUGGGUCUGGCCUCCCCGACCCCAGCCCCCGAGGGCUUGCCGCGUAGCGUGCCGACGCCCACACUGAGGACUUGCUGAUUUCCCAGAGGACGCCGGCUUUUGUGAGACAAGAGGCCUGGGUUUCCAUGUGACCCCACAGUGGGGCUGGACUAGGGCCCUGGAGGCCAAUAAAGACCUUUCUGGGUAGA